CUGUCCCGACAACCCAACUGUCAUCAGACAACUACAUCAUCAAUCCAUAUUCCCUUCUCUUUCCCAAAUAACCAUUUUUACCGGCAUCUGAAAUUCCGGUAAGAAAUUAUCCAGAUUCCAGCUAUAUCAACAAUGGAUGCAACUGGAAAAGUGAAGAAAGGUGCUGGUGGAAGAAAAGGAAAUGGUGGUCCAAAGAAGAAAUCAGUAACAAGAUCUGCUAGAGCUGGUUUACAAUUUCCAGUUGGUAGAAUUGGUAGGUACUUGAAGAAAGGACGUUAUGCUCAACGUAUUGGUAGUGGUGCUCCUGUUUAUCUUGCUGCUGUUCUUGAAUACCUUGCUGCUGAGGUUCUGGAAUUGGCUGGAAAUGCAUCUAUAGAUAACAAGAAGAAAACAAUCAACCCAAGGCACAUUUUGUUGGCAGUGAGGAACGACGAGGAAUUGGGAAAGCUUCUAGCAGGUGUUACCAUUGCUCAUGGAGGAGUCCUGCCAAAUAUUAACCCAGUCUUAUUGCCAAAGAAGUCUGAAAGGUCAACCACAGCUGCAUCCAAAGAGCCUAAAUCACCAGUCAAAGCCGCCAAGUCUCCUAGGAAGGCUUAAAUGUCUGUCGCAGCAAAACAACUAUGAAGACAAAAUAACCGAAAAAUGAAGGGAAAAAAAACUCUGUUCUCUUUGUAUGUAAUUCUGGGAUUCUUUCCCAUCUAUGUUUAUCUGUAGAUUCUGCAAGUUUGUUAUCUUUGUUUGUAUGAAUGAAACCACUUGUUUCUCUUGCCCACACUGCUC